CUGAUGAUGCUGAUGAUUUCAUGAAUACCUUGUCUUGUUCUUUGCUUUAUAGACUGCUGCGCCGUUGUUGACUCUAGAUCUGCCAGCUUACUCGCUGUUUGCGCUUCAUCAUAGCUUCACUGUCAUGCCCGGCUUACCACCUCUUGCGCCGGUUCCACCCCCGGAGGUGCAGCGCAACAUCCCCCCCGCGGAAUGGGAGCUCUAUAUAGAUGCAUGGGUCAUGCUUCUGAGCUUGCGCAUCGAAGCGCCCGCGUCGCAGUUCAAGGACUAUGUGGUCGACGACGACUCUACUGUGAUAUUUUUGAAUUCCUUCUACCAUCAGUCUGUGCAAUCCGGCGCCUCUCGCUCUCAGGUCGGGUCGAAAGCACGCCCAUUACGCAAAUUAUGCUUCCUGUUGACACGGAGACUUCUCCUCGAUGUCUCGCCGACUCCGCCACAGCUGCUGGACUGGGGGCUUCUUGCUGGCAUGUGUUGCUGCUACCCCUCGAGCUCCGCAUUGAAGAGGCUACUGGCUGAUGCAUGGGACAAGCAUGAGGAUGCGAUCACGUCCAGCCUUGAGAAGGCCAAGAUCCAAGCAAUCAAGGAAAUUUCAUCCUACAAUCCCAGCAGGCCCUCCGGGGUCCUGAUGGAUCUCAGACUUCUGACUAUCCUGUCGUCCGCCUUGCCUGGCUGCGGCAAAGUGCUCAUGGCGGGCUCCGACUUUCUCGAUACCGUCUUCGACGCAUACCAGACGCAUAAACGGGAGGAUAUUCGCAAAGUGCUCGUCGCAAAUGUCUACGUCGGGCUGUGCUCCUUCAUCAAGAGCUCCAAGCCCAAUUUGUCCUCUCUCUUAGACCAGCUGUACAGCAUGAAAGCGAGUGCGGGGGUUGGCAGCAGCACGAAGAAGGAGCCCACUCUUCUGUCCGACGUCAUCUGCAGCACCGACUUUCUGGGUCGUCUUGAGCGCCACAUAAGCGCAAUCGCCAACCCUCAGAAGAGAGGUCAGGACCUUCUCGCCAGCCUGCGCGCAUACCAAGAAGAAACCCAGCACUUCCACCGCCGCUACCAGAAACCGCGCAAGCGAGCCAUUAGCAAAGGCAAGGGUCGGGCAAGCGACGACCUCCCCAAGGCCGCCGAAGACCUCCACAUCCAUAAGAUGUCCCUGAUAACGCAGAUCCAAGACCUAUUCCCCGACCUAGGCACAGGCUACAUCGCGCGCCUGCUAGACCACUACAACGACGACCCGGAAACCAUCGUCGCGCACCUCCUCGACGACUCCAUACCACCGGAGCUACAAUCCCUCGACAAAACCGAAUCUCUCCCAACACCAUCACCCACAACAAACCACCACCACCACGACCCCUUCCCACCGCACUCUCCCUCAGCAUUAGAGUCAGUAGCAACCGCGCCGACCCCAAGGAAAAACAUCUUCGACAACGAGAUCGACCUCGCCGAACUCGCCCGCACAGAUGACCAGCACCUCCGCUUCGGCCGCGCCAACCCAACCCUAACCGCCGACUCACUCCUAUCCGACCGCAGCAACCACGCCGUCCACAAAGCAGCCAUCAUGUCCGCCCUGGCCACCUUCGACUCCGACGACGACGAACGCGACGACACCUACGACGUAACCGACGUCGGCGGAACAGUCGACACGACCGACGCCGCCGAAGAAGCCACAACCGGUAAACCCGCGAACCAACAACCCAGCGGUGGGGCCGAACAAACCGAACUCACCCUGUACCGCGCCUACAAAUCCAACCCGGCGCUCUUCGCCCGCGACUCCGCGACCCGGCGCGCGCAGCCCCGCGCCGCGCUGAAGCGCGACACCGGGAUGACGGACGAGGCCAUCGAGGGGUGGGCGGUGAUGCUUUCCCGCGAUCCGGCGCGGAUGACCCGUCUCGAGGAUCUGGAACUCGGCGUUGCGAGCGCUGGUGGCGGGUUCAAUCAGCCCGUUCUCGCUUCCACGGCGUAUCGGAAGGGUCGUGAUGAUGGCGAUGGUGAUGGGGAGAGCGGGGGUAGGGGUGGGGGUCGCGGGAGAGGGCGCGGUGGGAGGGGUCGCGGUGCGGGACGCGGUGCUUCUGGUGCUGGUGCUGGUGAUAACACCUCCGCUGCGCAGAAUCCGGCGGCGGCGAGACAACGGAAAGAGGAGAAUAAGGCCAGUCGGGCUAAUCAUAAUCGGCGGCUGCAGAGGGCUAAGAAGGUUGCUCGUGCUGGGGGGUUGGUUGGGUGA